GUGCGUGACUCUUUGUCCCCCUUCCAAGAUGGCUGCGUCCAUCAUGCGGCGCUUGUGGCCUCUGGUGGCUGCUCGGGGCUUGCGGCUCCGGGGAGGCUGCGUUUGCAACCAGAGCCCAAGGAGAAGUUUCGCUACGGAGAGACGAGACCGGAACCUCCUGUACGAGCACGCGCGUGAGGGCUACAGCGCGCUCCCUCAGCUGGACAUGGAGCCGCUGUGCGCAUACCCGGAAGAGGCCGCGCGCGCCCUGGAGCUCCGCAAGGGAGAGCUGCGGUCGGAGGAUCUACCCGCGAUCAUCUCAACAUGGCAGGAGCUGAGGCAGCAGCGGGAGCAGAUCCGGAGCCUGGAGGAGGAGAAGGGGGCCGUGGCUGAGGCAGUGCAGGCCCUGCUGGUAAACCAGGACCACAAUCAAGUGCAGCAGGACCCCCAGUAUCAGAGUCUGCGGGCACGUGGCCGGGAGAUCCGGAAGCAACUCAUGCUCCUGUACCCCAAGGAGGCCCAACUCGAGGAGCAGUUCUACCUGCGGGCGCUGAGGCUGCCCAACCAGACCCACCCAGACGUGCCCGUCGGGGAUGAAAGCCAGGCCCGAGUGCUCCAUGUGGUUGGAGACAAGCCAGCUUUCUCCUUCCAACCCCGGGGCCACCUGGAAAUAGCUGAGAAACUCGACAUCAUCCGUCAGAAGCGUCUGUCCCACGUGUCUGGCCACCGCUCCUAUUACCUGCGUGGGGCUGGGGCCCUCCUGCAGCACGGCCUGGUCAACUUCACACUCAACAAGCUCAUCCACCGGGGCUUCACCCCCAUGACGGUGCCAGACCUACUCCGAGGAGCUGUGUUUGAAGGCUGUGGGAUGACACCAAAUGCCAAACCAUCCCAAAUUUACAACAUCGACCCCUCCCGCUUUGAAGACCUCAACCUGGCCGGGACAGCAGAGGUGGGACUUGCAGGCUACUUCAUGGACCACUCUGUGGCCUUCAGGGAUCUGCCAAUCAGGAUGGUUUGUUCCAGUACCUGCUACCGGGCGGAAACAGACACGGGGAAGGAGCCGUGGGGGCUGUAUCGAGUGCACCACUUCACCAAGGUGGAGAUGUUUGGGGUGACAGGCCCUGGGCUGGAGCAGAGCUCGCAGCUGCUGGAGGAGUUCCUGUCCCUUCAGAUGGAGAUCUUGACAGAGCUGGGCUUGCACUUCCGGGUCCUGGACAUGCCCACCCAGGAGCUGGGCCUGCCCGCCUACCGCAAGUUUGACAUCGAGGCCUGGAUGCCGGGCCGAGGCCGCUUUGGCGAGGUCACCAGUGCUUCCAACUGCACGGACUUCCAGAGCCGCCGCCUCCACGUCAUGGUCCAGACGGAGGCCGGGGAGCUGCAGUUCGCCCACACGGUGAACGCCACAGCCUGUGCUGUCCCCCGCCUCCUCAUUGCGCUCCUGGAGAGCAAUCAGCAAAAGGACGGCUCGGUGCUCGUGCCCCCUGUCCUCCAGCCCUACCUCAGCACCGAUCGGAUCACGACCCCCACCCACGUGCCUCUCCAGUACAUCGGCCCCAACCAGCCCCAGAAGCCCAGGCUCCCGGGCCAGCCUGCCUCGAGCUGAGGACUCGUCCUCGUUGGCCAGUAGGGUUGUCGCUGUUUCCUGGAGCUUAGGGGGUCGCUGGGCCCCUGGGACCUGUUGUCCUGAGCCAUCCUGACAUUUGCCUUCCUCAUGUCAGCUCCCCGCCUGGGCCCCUGGACUCCAGGGUCCACCACUCCUGUGCCCCUACUUCCUCAGGAUCAGUCAGUGACCCUGUUGUCGUUGGAGCUCCCAGCCUGUGCUGGGAAGCAGUGUUUCCUCCAAGGGGACUUGGAGGUUCUAGGGAUGGGGGAAGGCCUCCAUCCCUCCUUCCUUCUUCCCGCCCUCAGUGCUUAAGAGAAAUCCCCCAAUAAAUAGUAGAACAAA